GGUAACACCCCUCUCCUUUAAAAACAAAAUCCGCUAUCUCCACCAAAUCCCCCUCCUGGAAAACAACCACAAAGCAAAAGGUACAGCAGGCCACACAGCACAAAGAGGGCAAAAUGGAACCUGCAUCCAAUCAGAAUGUGGAGUUUGUACGAACGGGUUACGGGAAGAACAUUGUGAAGGUGCUGCAUAUCCGACGUGAGGGAAUGCACCAUUACAUCACCGAGCUGAAAGCAGAUGUACAGCUCACACUCAAGUCGCGCAAAGACUACCUAACGGGAGACAACUCUGACAUUAUCCCCACGGAUACUAUCAAGAACACUGUUCACGCCCUGGCCAAGUUGAAAGGCGUCAAAACCAUUGAAGCUUUUGCAAUGGAUAUCUGUGAACAUUUCCUUACUGCUUUCACACAUGUCACAAGAGCAAAAGUGAACAUUGAUCAAGCUCCCUGGAGAAGACUGGAGAAGAACGGCGUUGAGCAUGCUCAUGCGUUCAUAUUCUCACCUGAAGCUUGGCGCUUCUGUGAAGUUGACCAGCUUUUGAAUGAGAAGCCAGUUAUCCACAGUGGUGUAAGAGACAUGAAGGUCCUGAAGACAACUCAGUCUGGUUUUGAAGGUUUCCUGAGGGACAGGUUCACUACCUUACAGGAAGCCAAAGACCGGUGCUUUUGCACCUCCGUGUAUGCUAAAUGGCGCUAUAACACGCAUCAGAACGUGCAAUUCGAUGACGCGUGGAAAAUGGUUAAGGAGACCAUUAUUGAAAAGUUCGCUGGUCCCUACGAUCGCGGGGAGUAUUCUCCAUCCGUUCAGAAGACUCUCUAUGACACACAAGUUCUUGUGCUAGACAGAAUCCCAGAGGUGGAGGAAAUUGAGAUAGUCAUGCCUAACCAGCAUUACUUCACAAUUGACAUGACCAAAAUGGGAAUCGACAACAAGGAUGAGGUUCUUUUGCCUCUGGAUAACCCAUCUGGAAACAUCACCGGAACAGUACGGAGGACACCAAAGGCUAAGUUGUGACAUGGGCAAAGAAAAGAGAAUGACAGACCACACAGCAAUUUGAGAGAAUUUUAAUCACCAGCAGAAAAAAAAGACCCCACAACUGUCAACUGUCGAACCCACCCCAAAAAAAAAAAAAAAAAAGAGAAAAAAAGAGUUUAAUUUAAACAAAUAAAUUAAAUAAAUUAAAAAGCUAAAACAAUGCCCCAUUUCUUAACCGAACUUUCAUAACUGAGCAUAUUUUCAGCAAUAUAUAACUGUUAUUAUGGUAAUAAUGAAGCAUUAUUGUAAUAAAGAAUGGUGUAGGUAUUAAACAGAACUACAAAGUGAA